AUGGAGCAUUUCGAAACAUCUAAUUCUAUUGAACAGGUUAUUAAUAAAAUAGGAUAAGUUUUAGUUGAUAAGAAUUCCAAAUUAUUUAAAAAUGACCCUAACUUGAAGCAAUAGAUAUUACUUUUAUAAAAAAAAUAAAAAAAUCUGCAUUUAUUGUGCAUCAAAGAGUAAUUAAAAGUCGAUUAGUUAUAAAAUGAGAUAGCUGAUUUAAGCGAACAGAGAAUUCAUAAAGCUAAAGAGUUUAGUAUACUCAAAGAUACAAAUGAGCUAUAUGAUUAAGAAAUACAGUAGGCUAAGGAAUAUUUAGAAAAGGCAAAGCAUGAUUUUAAUGAAAAAUUUGACAAUUUUACAAAUUUUGAGGUUGAACUAGAAAGAUGCGCAAAAUAAUUGGAGUUCUUAAAAAAUCAGUGUGAUGAAAAAUUAUAACUUUGGGAAAAUAUAAGGACAUAAACAAAGCAAAAAGAAAAAUAUGGUCAAGAAUUAAAAUUAAAGAUAAAACAAAAGUAAAUUGAAAUCGAAAAAGAAAGAGAGUCAAUCAAUAAAUCCCAAAUUCAAAUUCAGCUCUAUGAUUAACUAGAGGCUCGUCUUAUUGGUUAAAUAUAAGUUAAUUAAGAUAAAACAGAUGAUCUUUUAAACAUGAACAAGAUACUAGAACAAAAGCUUUCAGAUAUUUCAGAGCAACCACAGGAAUUAAAAAAGUUACUGAAAGCUGCUAAUGGAAUGCUCAAAGAAAAAAACUAGCUUUUAGAGCAAUAAAUAUAAAAGAUUUCUAAAUUAUAAACUAUUAUGAGCCAAAAUUAGAUAGGCUCCUAGAUGAAAAUAAGAAGCAUAAGUAUUAUGUCGGACAUUUAAAGUGAUGCAAGCAGCUCUUAACCAAAACAAUAAAAUAAUUAAUAUGAAAAUUUUACGCAUACUGUAUCAGUAUCAGAUUAUUAAAAAUCUUCAUGA